CUCACAUCCAAGCUCUUCAAGUAAAAAACACUCAUAUUUUGUUUAGCGAAUCCAAAGAGAGAAGCAAACACUGAAACAAUUAUCUUUGGCUUCCAUGGCCAACCGAGGAGCCUCUUCUUCUUCUGCUCCUUUCACCAAGUCAUGGAAAUACCAUGUCUUUCUGAGCUUCAGAGGUUUUGACACUCGCUCAAAUUUCACAAGCCAUUUGUAUAGCAAUUUGCGUCUACAAGGAAUUAACACCUUCAUGGAUGAUGAUGAGCUCAGAAGAGGAGAAGAAAUAUCAAACGCGCUUCUCACAGCAAUUGAAGGCUCAAAGAUUUCUGUGGUGGUGUUCUCCGAAAACUAUGCCUCCUCAAAGUGGUGCUUGGAUGAGCUUGUUAAGAUUCUUGAUUGCAAAGAAUCAAAUCAACAAUUGGUCAUCCCAGUUUUUUACAAGGUGAAUCCAUCAAAUGUACGGAAUCAUAGAGGAAGCUUCGGGGAUGCACUGGGUAACAUGGAGCGGAAAUACGAAGAUGAGAUGGACAAGGUCAAGAAAUGGAGGGCGGCACUUUCACAAGAAGCAGCUUUGUCAGGGUUCCCUUUGGACGAACAUAGAUCUGAAGCUGAACUGAUUCAUAAUAUCGUUCAACACAUUUCACGGGAAGUAAUAGACCGCACAUAUUUGUAUGUGACAGAGUAUCCAGUUGGAAUGCACCAUCCUGUAGAAGAUAUAAUUGAGCUUUUGGAUUUGAGGGAAAACGAUGUUCGUAUGGUAGGUGUAUGGGGAACUGGUGGAAUUGGUAAGACCACAAUUGCUACAGCUGUUUAUAAUUCAAUUGCCCACGAAUUUGAAGGCUGUUCUUUUUUGGCAAACGUCAGAGAAUGUUCAACGUGGCAGGGAGGAGGUUUAGCCAAACUACAGAGGACUCUUCUUUAUGAGAUUCUAAGGGAUACAAAUUUGGAGGUGGCCAACGUUCAUAAAGGGCCAACUAUGAUAAAGCAAAGGUUGAGUUGUAGAAAGGUUCUCUUGGUUCUUGAUGACGUUGAUGACAUGGAACAGUUACACAAGUUAGUUGGGGCAUGUGAUUGGUUUGGUGUAGGCAGUAGAAUUAUCAUAACAACAAGGGAUAAACAACUGUUAACUGCUCAUCAAGCUAAUUUAAUACAUGAGGUCAAGAUUUUAGAUGAUCCUGAAGCUCUUGAGCUCUUCUGUUGGCAUGCCUUCAAAAGAAGUGGGCCUUCUUUGGAUGAUUAUGUGAAACUUGCAGAAAGUGCAAUACGCUAUGCUCAAGGCCUUCCUUUGGCCUUGAAAGUUCUGGGUUCUUAUCUAUGUGGUGGAAGUAUAGAUAAAUGGCAACGUGCAUUGGAUGGUUUCCAAGGCACACAAAUUCAAGAAGUUCUCAAAAUAAGUUACAAUGCCUUGGAUGAUAGAGUAAAGAAGGUUUUCCUCGACAUUGCCUGUUUCUUUAAGGAAAAGGCCCUCAUAAGUGUUGAAGGAAGUUAUAUUCAGAUGCAUGACUUACUAGAAAAGAUGGGUAAGGACAUAAUUGAGCAGGAGUCGCCCACUGAACCCGGAGGACGUAGCAGAUUGUGGUUUCAUGAAGAUGUCGAGCAUGUUCUGAUGAAUGAUACAGGAACAAAUAAAAUCACAGGCAUCAUGUUAAAUUUCCCCAAACAAGAUGAUGAGAUAUUCUUGGAUGUUGACUGCUUCUCGAAGAUGAAAAAUCUUAAAAUUCUCAUGAACUAUAACGUAUGUCUUUCUGGAGACAUUGGUUAUCUCCCAAACACGUUGAGAGUGCUUCAUUGGUAUAGAUGUCCGCUCCAAUCUUUUCCACCCAAUUUUCGUCCAAAGGGACUAAGGUUGCUCAAUCUGCCUUACAGCCUCAUCAAACAACUAGGGGAGGGAUUGAAGCAUAUGGAAAAGUUGACAUUUCUGAAUUUCUCGGGAUCUGAAUUCCUAACUGAAAUCCCCGACCUAUCCAGCAGCCCAAACUUAAGGUACUUGAAUGCGAGUGGUUGUACAAGUUUAGUCGAGGUUCAUCCAUCUGUUGGAUAUCUUGAUAAAAUUGAAACAUUGAACUUUGAUUACUGCUGUGAACUCACGAAGUUUCCAAAUAAAGUUGGCUUGAAAUCUCUGAAAUUAUUUCUUCUUUACGGUUGCAAAAAGUUGGAGAGUUUCCCAGAAAUUGUGGACAAAAUGGAAUCCUCAAUUACAUUGGACCUUGGGAGAACUGCUAUAAAAGAGUUGCCUGCAUCAAUUGGACAACUCAUUGGGCUGAAAAAAUUGAGCUUUUUUAAAUAUUCUAUAAAAGAGUUGCCUACAUCAAUUGGACAACUCAUUGGGCUGGAAGAGUUAUGGUUAGAGAGAAAUGCUAUAAAAGAGUUGCCUGCAUCAAUUGGACAACUCAUUGGGCUGGAAGAGUUAUGGUUAGAGAGAAAUGCUAUAAAAGAGUUGCCUGCAUCAAUUGGACAACUCAUUGGGCUGAAAAAAUUGAGCUUUUUUAAAUAUUCUAUAAAAGAGUUGCCUACAUCAAUUGGACAACUCAUUGGGCUGGAAGAGUUAUGGUUAGAGAGAAAUGCUAUAAAAGAGUUGCCAGCAUCAAUUGGACAUCUCAUUGGGCUGAAAAAAUUGAGCUUUUUUAAAUAUUCUAUAAAAGAGUUGCCUGCAUCAAUUGGACAACUCAUUGGGCUGGAAGAGUUAUGGUUAGAGAGAAAUGCUAUAAAAGAGUUGCCCGCAUCAAUUGGACAUCUCAUUGGGCUGAAAAAAUUGAGCUUUUUUAAAUAUUCUAUAAAAGAGUUGCCUGCAUCAAUUGGACAACUCAUUGGGCUGAAAAAAUUGGGCUUAAUUGGCACUGCUAUAAAAGAAUUGCCUUCAUCCGUUGGAAAUCUCACUGCCCUGGAACUUUUACGGUUAGAUAGAAGUGCUAUAGUAGAGUUGCCUUCAUCAAUUGGAAAUCUCGCUGUGCUUAAAGAAUUAUAUUUACGAGGAUGUGAAAACCUUGAAAAUCUGCCACAAAGUAUUUAUGGGUUGCAAAAUCUGGAUAUUAUUAAUUUCAGUCGAUGCCGAAAACUUGUCACACUUCCAAAUAACUUGAUCUCUGAAGGUUUAUCGAGUGCAGAAUCACUUCCUUUGGAGGUUUGA